CUAAUUUCUAAAAAAACGCUUGAAGGGUAAGAGAAAGAAUAAUAGUGAAUGGCUCCAAAACGUGCUGAGAAGCUAGUGGUCAGAUCCACCAAGAAAGUUGUGGAAUCAAGUGUGCUGGUUUCUGUUGUAGGCAAAAGACUAACCCGUGGAAAAAAAGAUACUCAAACAACUGAUGGAGAAGAAGAAGUAGGUAGCCAAGAGCAUCUGGUGGUCAUUCCUAUUCAAGAAGUGACUCCUCAAGCACAAAAGGAUUCACCUAACUCUGCCAUCACCACAGAAAACAAAGCUGAGCAAGAGAACAAUACUCAAGAUGGUGGAGUCGAAAAUAAUCAAGAGGAAGAGGAAGAGCAUGAGGAAGUGAAAGAGAAGAAGAAUAAGGCCAAGACCCCAAAAGGGAAAAAUGGGAAGGAGAAAAAAAGAGGGAGAAAAAAGGGUAGGAGAAGUGUUGAAGGGUACCAGAGGUAUGUAUAUAGGGUGUUGAAGCAAGUGCACCCUGAAAUGGGAAUUUCUUCCAAGUGCAUGACUGUUCUGAACAACUUGAUGAAUGACAUGUUUGAGAGGCUGGCUUUUGAGGCUUCUAAGCUGAAGGACUACACUGGACACAUGACAUUGUCUUCAAGGGAGAUUCAAGGAGCAGUGAGGCUGGUUUUGCCAGGAGAACUUGGAAAGCAUGCAAUUGCUGAAGGGGUCAAAGCUGUUAACAACUACACAUCCUAUGAUGCUUGAUGUAUACACAUCUAGUUCUCUAGUAGUUUAGACAAGAUUUCUAUGUUUAAAUCCAUGAUGUUGAUAUAUAAAUAUGUACUUAAUUAGUUAUAUGGUUUGUUUCUUAAUUAGUUGGUGUGUACUGUGUUAACUAGCUAGAGAUGUGUUGUUUUUUGCAUUUUGCAUUUGAGAAGCAGCUGAAAAAUGGAACAUUGCCUUAUUUUGUGUAUGGUUGCUUCAUAGGGUUAGAAUUGUAGAUUACUAACUGUUGGCCUUGUGACCUUGUGUAUGUGUAAUGCAAGUAGCUACCUCAAUUUUCUGGGUAUUUAAGAGAUGUUCGGUUUUAUAUUUCACAA